UAGCUAUAGGAUUAUCUAUAGUUUUAAUGGUUGUUAUGGUUUUUCCAGAGACCAUUAGCCAUACGGUGAACAAUGGACGCCCAAUCUCGAAUUUUUAACUACAUACAUAAAGUUUAGAGAGAUCAAGUGCUAUACCUAUAUUGCCGUUUUCUUUCUUUUCCGCCAGUGAACCCAGAAAAAAAACGAUUCGGCUAAGAAUGUCCAUGAUUUUACCCAGUAAAGACAGGCAUAUUGAUAAAGAGGCCAACAUUUCAUUUACACGCCGAUGUUUCUUUUUUGUGUAUUGUAGUAUAUUUAGUGUCCCACUUGGAUAAAACACAAAAAACGCCGAGAUCGAGUGCAACACAUUAAGAUUUCUAUCCGAUACUUAGCAUUUGGAAAUAACAUCGUAUAGAUUAAAAAUGAAUCUUGAGUUUAUCGGAUCUAUUUUUAUAAUUUAUGGACGCUUCCUUCUCUAUGCAUUCUCUUCAUCAAUGGAAUCUCCGGUGAGAAUAUCGCAAUCUGGGAAAAUUCGCGGACGAAUAACUGAGCGCGUAGCCGGAUUUCCCGUAGAGGAAUACCUAGGAAUUCCAUAUGCAGCCCCGCCAAUAGGAGCAAACCGAUUUCAGAGACCUAGGGAACACGUCCCAUGGACAGAUACAUUGAAUGCGACAAAACUUCCCCCGGCUUGUUAUCAAGGAGAAAUUAAUGCAGGAUAUAUAAAACUACACAUGCCGGAGUUUGAUAUGAACUAUCAAAAUGAGGACUGCCUAUUCCUAAAUAUUUAUGUACCAAAGUCUUUGGAAAAGAAUGUUAGCUAUGCAGUUAUGUUUUACAUUCAUGGCGGAUCCAACAGAGCAGGGAUGGGUGCCAUGUUGCCGGGAGACAUACUGGCUGCCCAUGGACAAAUCAUCGUCAUCAAUUUCAACUACAGAUUAGGUCUUUUAGGUUUUCUGUCUUCACCCCAACACAACUUUACUGGAAACAAUGGACUUUUAGACCAAGUUGCGGCCAUGAGAUGGGUUCAUUCUAACAUUCAUUAUUUUGAUGGGGAUCGGGAUCGAAUCACUAUUGCUGGUCACAGCGCAGGCGCAGGAGACGUUGGUCUUCACUUAGUAUCACCACUCACCAAAGGUUUGUUUAGAAAUGCAAUCUUAAUGAGCGGAUCACCAUUAGCACACUGGGCAAUGGCGUCACCAGACCAAUUCCCCGGAUCCAAUAUCAAUGCCACAAUUCUGCAGUAUGCACUAGAUGUAGCAGACAUCAGAACAAUAGAUAUCAAAGAUAUCAAAGCUAUUGAGAUCAUAUUUUCUACGUUAUUACCAUUCAGUGUUGUUCCAUAUCCUGCUGUUGUAGACAAUUAUUUUCUAACAAAAUACCCGAGAUCCUCUUUUCAAAAUGGCGAUUUCCAUGGAAACAAAUUUCUUGUAUCCUUUACUGCAGACGAAAGUUUUGGACCGCUUCUGGGUCCAGACUUUAAAAUAGAUUUUCCGGGUUACCUAGUUCGAUAUGAACCAUUUUAUCCCACAAUUUGUAAUUUUAAAGACACCCUCAUAUCUGUGUACAGUGACAUCGAAGAUCCAGGGAGGAGGUUGGUUGAGGCUGAAGCAGACAUGUUAUUUUAUGCCAGUAUCAUAGAACUGUCCGAUCUCCUCUCGGACUCCGAUGUCAAACCGGAAGUCAAUGUUUUUGAGUACGAUAUCAAAAUGCCAAAACCCAAUCAAGCUAACUGGGAAGCUGUGGACCAUGGAGAGGACAUAUUUUAUCUGUUCGGAAUACCUCUGAUAGGCAGCACACUUCAAAAUUUUACCGAGAAAGACAUCGAAGCAAGCGAAUUGGAAAUGACCUUAUAUAGCAAUUUCGUCAAAACAGAAUUAUUUUCAAUGGAUGGUUUAACAAGAUUGGGCAGGUUAUACAACGAACAGCAUCGGUCUUACUGCAGAAUGUAUUUUGAUGGUAAUAAUGUUACCUUUGGGCAUUUCCAAAAUUUUCGAAAAUCAAAGAUGGAAUUUUGGAACGAAGUGGAGGAAAAGAAACAAACUUCCUGUGAUAAAGCUUCAAAAGCAAAUAAAAAUUAUUUUGAUAUAUAUUUUUUAUAUUCAUUGUAUAUUACCGUUUUGUUUCUGAAGUAUAUUGUUCAAUAA